GCGGCCGUUGAGGUGGCAGAAGGAACCGGAGGCGCCGCAGCAGCUGUCUGAGGAGGCUGAGCGAGCUGGCUGGGACCCCCGGCGAGACCCGGAUUUCUCUCCUUGAGGCGGCUCCUGUGGGGGAAGCGCUUUGGAAAGCCGGGGGGUGCCGCUGUUGUUGCUGCUGCUGCUCCUCCUCUUCCUGCCGUGUGCCAGCUGCCGGCAGCGAUGGCGUCGUGGUUGGGGGGCCUGGGCGCGGGCCUGGGCCAGUCCCUGGUGGGCCAAGUGGGGGGCAGCUUGUCUACUCUCACCGGACAGAUUUCUAGCUUCACCAAGGAUAUGUUGUUGGAAGGCGCGGAGGAGGUGGGGGAUAAUGCAGCAGACUUUGGUGUAUCUAACUCUAACCUGAGGGAUAUAGAAAAUACUUAUACAGCCCUGAGGUCAGAGAAUGAAAGACUGAAGAAAGUUUGUAAUGAUCUGGAAGAAAAACACGAAGCAGCAGAACUUCAAAUAAAACAACUGUCUGUGGAAUACCGGACCCAACUGCAGCAGAAAGAGGUGGAAAUCAGCCAUCUUAAAGCUAGGCACCAUGCGCUACAAGAGCAAUUGCAGACAGUGCAGUCAGCUGCUCAGUCAGCACAGUUAAGAGCGGGGGUCUCGCCAUCAACCACAACAUCAGCUUCUUUUGUCCCUAUGGUCAGACCUGCAUCUCCUGGUUUUCAAGGAGAUGACAUGGACUUUGGAGAUGUAAUCUGGUCCCAACAAGAAAUAAACAGAUUGUCCAAUGAUGUUUCUAGACUUGAAUCUGAAGUUGAUCACUGGAAGAAAAUUGCACAGUUUUCCAAACUAAAAGGGUCAAGUAAUACAGAUGAGAAUGAAAUCUGCAAACUCCAAAAUAUGAUCAAGGACCUAAAACAGAGAUUAAGUCAGGAAAUAGAUGAGCACCAGCAUGAGCUUUCAGUAUUACAAGAUGCGCACCAUCAGAAAUUAGCAGAAAUAAUCCAGCGUCAUAGAGAAGAACUGGGUGAAUAUGAAGAACGGAUAGAAGAACUUGAGGAUCAGUUACAGAAAGGUGCUGGAAUUUCUCUUGAAAGUGGUCUGCAGAGCAAUGUGGCUGAAUCCACAGUGACUCGUGUGAAGGAAUUGGAGGAUGAAGUGAGAGUCGCAAAUCAAAAACUGUCUUCAGUGGAAGAAGAAAAAAAGGUGGUCUUGAAAGAGCUUGAAUUAGUGAAAGUGGAGAAAAGCCAAGUAAUGCAGGAAUACGAGAAUCUGAAAUCUGAAUUCAGUAAGCCUCCGUCUCCUGUUCCAAAAGAGCAGGCUGGUUUGGACACUCAGGUGGAAGUCUCCCAGCAGGCGGUACAAGCGUUGCAAGCGGAAGUGCUCCGACUACAGAAAGCCCUGCUUGUGGCAGAGAAUGAAAUAAGAAGACUUACACGAUCAGAACAGGAAGGAUUUCAGAAAGAAGGGGCAAAUUUACAGCCACAGGAUGGGAACACUGCACGCCCGUCCACUGAAGGACCAAACUUAGAAUUAAGCCAGCUGCAACAAGACUUGGAAAAGAAACAACGUGAAUGUGAUGAAAUAGUCGCUGAAAAGGAAACUCUGCUGGAAGAACUGGAAGAACUGGAUAAGCAGAAUCAAGAAGCUACACAGCACAUGAUUGUACUGAAACAGCAGCUGUCGAAACAGAACGCCGAAGCUACUAAUGUUAUUAACCAGCUGAAAAUUGACACAGAUUCUGAAAAAAGAAAAGCAUCUAAGCUGGAAGCGGAGAAGAUGGAAAUGAAAGAGGAGCUGGAAGCCCAGAGAGAGAAAUUAACUCAGUGUACAUUUGCACUUAACGAUUUGCAUAUGACGAAGCAACAGUUAGAGAAUAAAAUAAAAGAGCAAGAAGAACAGUUGAAAAAAUCCCAGGACUCUCAUGUCAAAAACAAACGGGAAAUGGUGGAAAUAAAGAAACUUCUGAAGUGCAGAGAAGAAGAGCUUUCUGUAGUCCAAAGAGAAUUAACAAAAGUACACGAGCAAUCUAGCAGUAGCGGUCAGGACCUUUCAACCAAAGCACAAGAAAUUUCAAAGCUAAAUGAGCAAAUUAGAGAAAAUAAGCUAGCAAGUGAAGACUUGGAGAAAUCAGUUUCAGCUCUUCGAAAAGAGAAGGAAAUACUUCACAGCAAAUGCGAUGAACUAAAACAACAGUUGCAAGAAGCUAAUAGUGAGAAGAGUAAGAUUGCUUUGGAAAAAGACACUAUGUUGGAAGCCUUGAAAACAGAAAAAGGGCGGUUAGAAAGUGAACUCAACCAGACUGAAAGCCGACUGUUGGAACAGGCUCAUAAAUAUGAGCGUACUAUAGAGGAGCUGUCCAAUGCCCGGAACAUGAGUACCUCCGCGUUGCAGUUUGAAUAUGAACGCUUAGUCAAACUCAACCAAGAAAGAGACUUUGAGAUAGCAGAACUGAAGAGGAGCAUUGAACAGACGGAAGCUGACCAUGAGGAAACCAAAGAGAUGUUAACCACCAGCUUAGCAGGGCAAAAGCAACUCACAGAGCUCAUCAAAGAGAAAGAGGUAUUUGUUGAAAAAAUUAAAGCCAGGGCUUCUGAACUGGAGCAAGAGCAUAAUGUUUAUGUUAAGGACUCCAAACAACUCGAGCUUUUAAAACUACAUUUAGACGAGAAGGAGAGAAGUCUUUCAACUAUGAAAGAAGAAAAUAAUCAUUUAAAAGAAGAACUAGAACGACUGAGAGACCAGCAGAGUAGAUCUCCCCCUUUGGCUGAGCCCAAAACCCUAGAUAUCAUCACUGAACUUGAAGCUGAAAUAACUCAGUUGACUGUACUGAAAAACAGUCUCGAAGAAGAGUUGAAACUUAACAGAAGGACUCUAGACGAGCAGAAUCAGAAGAUGUCCCAACUGCAGCAGUCUUUGGAAGAGCAUAAAAAAGAGAUAGAGGAGUCCAGGUUUCAGCAUGAACAAGUGAUCACUGCGCAUACGCAGGUGUGCCUGGCGAAAGAUGAGGAAAUCAAGAGCUUGCAGAGCACGAUAGAACAAAUUAAAACCCAGCUGCGCAACCGGAGCCAAAUCAUCCAGCCGGAGCCUCCUGAUCUCUUUCAGGAGAGCAAAGUCCAGACGUUGAAUGGUGAAAACGGCCACGAGAAACAUGACUUGUCUAAAGCGGAAAUUGAAAGGCUGAUAAAAGGCAUCAAGGAGAGAGAAACGGAGAUCAAGCUGCUGAAUGAGAAAAACGUUUCUCUGAGCAGACAGAUCGAUCAGCUAUCAAAGGACGAAGUUGGCAAACUUACACAGAUCAUCCACGAGAAGAACUUAGAAAUACAAGCUCUCCAUGCCAGGGUCUCUUCUUCAUCUUAUAGGCAGGAUGUCCUUUACCUUCAGCAGCAAUUGCAAGCCUGUGCCACGGAAAGAGAGCAAGUGUUGGCAGUUCUAAGCGAAAAGACGAGAGAGAACAGUCAGUUAAAGACAGAAUAUCACAAGAUGAUCGAUAUUGUGGCCGCUAAGGAAGCAGCCCUCAAGAAGCUCCAUGAAGAAAACCAAAAACUAGCUAGCGAAUUUGAAAACAGCAACCAGGGCAUGUCCCGAGAGACCAUUAAGAACUUGUCCCGUAUCAUUCGAGAGAAAGAUAUUGAGAUCGAUGCGUUAAGUCAGAAAUGCCAGACUUUAUUGAUGGUCCUCCAAACGUCCAGUGUGGGCGGGAACAGCGACUUAGGAGGGAUUAACAGCCAUCAGUUCGAGGAGCUCUUAAAGGAGCGUGAUAAACUGAAGCAGAAAGUGAAGAAGAUGGAAGAGUGGAAGCAACAAGUGACCACCACGGUCCAGAACAUGCAACAUGAGUCCGUUCACUUCCAAGAGGAACUGCAAAGGCUUCAGGCUCAAAUUUCGGCUGACAGCGAGAACAGCUCGAGGCUGCAGAUAGAGUACAAUGGCUUGAUCCACAGCUAUGAGCAGAAUGAGCGGAAGCUGAAGACGCUUAGCCAGGAAAUAGUUCAAGUUCAGCAUAGCAUUGGAGAGCUGAGCAGCACCAAGGAUUUUAUUUUAGAGAAACUUGAUAUGGUAGCACCGUCUCCCCUGAUAACGUCUUCAGCCACAGGACCGCCAUUAGGCAUAACCAGCCACUCUGCUUCUCAGCUCACCACUGGGCCCAAACCACUAAACGAGGAACUCGAGCACAUGAAGAAAGCACUGCAGGAAAAAGAUGCCACUAUCCAGACUUUGCAGGAAAACAAUCAGAGGUUGUCUGAUUCCAUGGCUGCAUCGACAGAACGAAAAGCUCAAGAGGCGCCUGAGAUGGAGAUUAAGCGUUUGAAGGAGAAAUGCGACGUCUUGCACAAAUCACUCAGGGAGAAAGAUCUGCUAAUAAAAUCAAAGAGCGAUCAGUUACUUUCUCUGAGUGAGAAUUUUGGUAACAAAGAGAACGAGAACGACGUGCUGAAGCAAGCUGUGACCAAUCUGAAAGAAAGAACUCUGGCUUUGGAGAUGGACCUUUGUAAACUGAAAGAAGAAAACGACACGAUAGUGGCAAAGUGUCGGGAGAAGGAAACGGAAUUCCGAGCUCUGCAAGAGACUAACAUGCAGUUUUCAAUGAUGUUGCGGGAAAAGGAAUUUGAAUCUCAUUCAAUGACAGAGAAGGCCCUGGCCUUUGAAAAACUGCUGAAAGACAGAGAGCAGGGAAAGUCGGGGGAGCUGAACCAGCUAUUAAAUGAAGCCAAGUCAAUGCAAGAGAAGGCUGUUACUUUCCAGCAAGAGAGAGAUAAAGUCAUGUUGGCCCUCAAGCAGAAACAAAUGGAGACCAGUGCCCUUCAGAAUGAGGUCCAGCUUUUACGCGACAGAGAGCAGCGUCUGAACCAAGAACUGGAGAGGCUGAGAAAUCACCUCUUAGAAAGGGAAGACACUUCCACACGAGAGGCUUUAGCAGCCGAAGAUCGAGAAUCUAAGCUUAAGAAGAAAGUUCUGAUUUUGGAGGAAAGGUUGCUGUCCUCGUCUACGGCUGUCGAAAAUGCCAGCCAUCAGGCAAGUUUGCAGGUGGAGUCCUUGCAAGAACAGUUGAACUUUGUCACCCGGCACAGAGAUGAAACUGUCCUUCAACUAACAAUGGCACAAGAGCAAGUGAAACAGUAUGCUGUGUCUCUUUCCAACCUGCAGAUGGUGCUAGAGCAGUUUCAAAAGGAAGAGAAAGCCAUGUAUUCAGCUGAGCUGCAAAAACACCAAAGGCAGACAGCAGAAUGGAAGAAAAGAGCAGAGCAACUAGAAGCAAAAGCGAUUUCGUUGCAGGAAAACUUAGAGGAAGCAAAUGCAGCCCUGGAUUCUGCAUCAAGACUGACAGAGCAACUAGAUCUCAAAGAGGAGCAAAUCGAGGCACUUAAGAAAGAAGGUGAAAUCAAACGAGAGAUGUUAGAAGAUGCACAAAACAAGCUCAUGAACCUUAUAAACAGCACAGAAGGAAAAGUAGACAAAGUCUUGAUGAGAAAUCUUUUCAUUGGGCAUUUCCAUACUCCAAAGAAUAAACGUCAUGAAGUGUUAAGGCUAAUGGGAAGUAUAUUGGGGAUAAAGAAGGAUGAACUGGAAGAGUUACUGUUAGAAGAUCAAAAAGGUGUUACACGAUGGAUGACCGGAUGGUUUGGAGGAGGAAGCAUGGGAUCAAAGAGUGUUCCCAACACACCUCUGAGACCAACUCAUCAAUCCAUUUUUAACAGUUCUUUCUCAGAAUUAUUUGUGAAGUUCCUUGAAACAGAAUCACGUCCGAUUCUUCCUCCACCAAAGCUUUCUGUACAUGACAUGAAACCAUUAGUAGCAACAGGAAUUAGCAGUCCCAAUCCUUCUGGCAGCACCACAGAUCCAGCAGGUUCAGGAACCAGCAGAAGACCAGAUGCAAACCAGUUCCUCGCACCUCGCUCCGCAGCGUUCCCUCUCAUUACCCCAGCCAGUCUUGGAACUGGUGGAUCUGGGCAUCUGCUUAUGAAACCGAUUUCCGACGCUUUGCCCACGUUCACACCUUUGCCGGUAGCGCCCGAUGCUAGUGCCGGUGCAGUACUGAAAGACCUGUUAAAGCAAUAGAUGGUUCCGGGUUGGCGGCAACAGCGAUAGCAGCACUUUAAAGAGGAAAAAACCCUGUGCAUUUAUAGACUACACCGUAAAGAGGCCUUUUGUAAAAAGUUGUAUGUUGAUGGUUUCAGUUUCUCUUUAACCUUUUUUUCCUUUAAAAUUAUAACUAUGAGCUAAUAAAGUACUUUUGAGUGUGAUAAGAUGUAGCAAGAAUAGUAGCUCUUGUAUUAGUAGGCUGAAAUAACUUUGGAAUGAGGGAAAAGGUGACGAACAUGUAAAAUUACAAAAAUUAACACUAGAGUUUUAAUGAAGCAAGGCAUUCCAGCCAUGCAAUGUACAUAGCAGGGUGUGCGUGUGUGUGCGUGUUGUUUUGUUUUACUGCGACAGAAGGUGACUGAAGAACUGCUACACGGAAUAUAAAUGGAGUGUUAUUUUAGGGUGUGUUUUUAUAUUGUUUGCACACAUUCUCCAGAAAAGGCUGUUGGCGCACUUAAAAAUCCCAUGGAACAGGGAUCAGUAACAUUCAGGCCACAUUUCAUCCAUAUACAAGUCUACUUUCAUCUGCCCUAAUCCAAACCUUUUUUGGAGCCUAGAAUGAUAGAUAAGUAUAUAUCCUCUAUGACUGUUGGGGGAGCUUGAGGAACAUGUUGCACUAUUAUCCUGUGUAAUAUUUCAUGCUUGCAAGUAUCCUUUUGGCUUUGAAUUGCACAGACGCGGUGCUGCAGAGGCCUAAGUAUACACAGUUGUACAAAUGAAUAGUAUCAGUUGACCUAGCCUGUGUACUGUUGGCUCUGCAUUCCAUAGGAUCAUGGCAUUAUCUCUGGGUGACCAGGAAAUACUCUGUAUUAGAGCCAGUUUGCUUAAAGUGGGGCAGAGGCAGUGGGAAGUUCAUACUGUGCUCAUACUCCUCCAACUCUGUUGCUAACUAGUGUCUGGAAGAUGCUCUCUUUUUUUUUGAAGUCCCACGAAAGGUGGCUGGCUGUAGCUAUUUUGUCUAUGUGCAAGUUUGACCCCACGGCAUUUUACAUUAGUACAAUAUCUCAGUUGAAUUUUCUAGUUGUUUCUCAUAACAGCGAGUAACGUGCAAGCACUAUACAGUUCAUGAACAUUUUUCUAACAUCUAUGCACCCACACUUCGGUCAAUGGCCAUUCGUAGAAAAUGAUAUGUAUAUUUGUACUGUUUGUGUGAUUGAAAAUACAUUUUACUGCAGUGAUUCGAGAUGUAUAUUUAAGAGAUACGUAUCAGUUUGGAAAUAUAAAUUAUGGACAUAUUUAUAGAGCUUCACUUCAGUUAAAGGUAGGUGCUUAGUUCCAAAUAUGUAAAUAACAGCAAGCUGAAUUCUGUAAGAUUUCCACACAGAUUUGUAUAAUUUACUCUGAAUGUAUCUGUAUUGAAGUGUAUACUGGAAGAAGCACUUGCCUUCUUGGAUGAAUUGUUUUGAGACACAGCAUUUCUUUAAAGUGUCCUUUUUUCUAAAGCUCUUAGGUUUUAUGCGGUUGUACAUGUAAUUUGUAUAAAGGUGACGUUGUGUAAGUUCUAUAUUAGAACUUGCGUUCUUUCUUCCUCUUAGUUAUUACUCAGAAAUUUGAACUGAAUUACUGUUGAGUGAAUCAUGGAAAUGUAGUUGCCCAGGAGCUGCCAAAUGAAUGCAUUCAAGGAGCAUUUUGUUUUUAUUUACAUAUUGUUAAAACUCUGAGAUUUUUUACAUGACUCUCUGGCAAGGUUUCAAGAGGGUCUGUUUCACAGGGAAGUGCUACAUUUUCACUUUUUGAUGUUCAAAUUCCAUUUACUAUUUUACUGUUUUUUGUAGGAGGGGACAGACUUAUCAAAAUAAACAGAUAGCGUGCAUUAUUGUUUGGAAAUUUAAUACCAGUUUACUAAAUGUUAAUUUCUGCCGUGGGUUCUUGAGCAAAUUAAUGACUUCCUUUUUAAAAAUCCAAAUGUCCAGAAUUCAAAAGGCAUGCUGUUAUGUACCCUAAUAUAUAUGAUAUGCAAAAACUUAAUUUGAAAACUUCAUUUUAUUGCAGUUUUAAUACUGAAAUUAUAGACCACUUGAAAUGUUUUCUUUGACAAUUUUAUUUUUUUCCAGCAGACUAUAAAGAAAACUGAAAACACAUUGUGUGUGCGUGUCAGCAUCCCAUGGCAUACAUUAUAUUUUAAGAUGGAGUUGGUUGUAGCAGUGAUACUAACAAAUGAAUAUAGUGGAUGUGUUUGGAGAUACUCUUUAAAGAACAAUGCAAGCUACCCAGUUUGGUACAUUCUGCUUUUGUAAACAAGUUUUUUACUGAAAUGACUAUAUAGUAUAUUUCAUGUUUUGCUGAGCAAAUUCAUUCAACGAGCACAGAAUUCAGCAUCUUGAGAAUACUUCCUUUCACUUAAAAACAAGCCUAAAAAAAUUCUAGACUUUCCCCCUCCAGACAGGUUUAUGAGCUCCUGUUCAUGAUCAGCAAAAUUCAGAAUAAAAUUAUUCAUGACAAAGAA